GCAGCAAUAGCAGUAAGCCUGUAUGUUCUAGUUAUCUAGAGGGAGAAAUUAGUCAAAUUUUUGUUGUCCAAUGGAUAGUCUUUUUAUCUCCAGAAUCAAUCUCGUUCGACAGGAUAUAAUGUAGCGGUUCUCAUUAGGGAUACCAGUAGAUUUAAAGUUUAAAACCAAGCCAUUUAAAGUUGAACUUCUUCCCAUCAUCAAUAUGGCCUCCUCAAGUGAUCUUCGGGAGAAAUUACGAAAGAAACGACGGGCGCUACAACAGACUCUGCAGGUCAAAGACGACGUGGAUACAGAUACCCAGGAGCUAACAGCUGGUGAGGAGGAGCCUGGAGAUACAUUGAGAUGCAACCUGAAGGCUCAGAGACAGAAGAGGAAGAAAAAGCUUGAGAAGGCGUCUACAGAUGAUACACCUGAUGACUCAGUGGUGGAGCCCCAUGAUGAGACAGUGGUGGAGGUCACUGCUGUUCAACAGAUCAGCCAAGAUGACGACAAACCAGAGAAGCCUGUCAUCGUGUCCAGUCCCACUCACUCCCAGAGAGGAGACCUGCCACCCCGGCCUCAGGCCAAACCUGCGCCCAGCUCGAGCCACUCAGAGAGCUCCACCAUGAGACAGCGAAUGAGAGACAAGCUGAGGGCAGCCAGGUCCAAAGCAGAAAGUCUUCUACAGCAGGAGGCUUCCUUGGAGGCGCCAGCUAGUCGCUUGCAGAGUCUCAGAGACAGAGACACUCUCACCAGGUUUGACAGAGAGACAGAGCCAGACCUCAGGGCGGGGAGAGAUGACCACUCUUCUCCCCUCAACACCAAAGUCAAGUUCCGAGAGACAGUCAGGAGUGUCAGGAUAGAGAGUAUAUCGGAGACAGGUUUACCCACAGCGGAGGAGGCCUACAAUUUUUUCACUUUCAACUUUGACCCGGAACCCCAUGAAGAGGCGGGCAAAGGUCGUAAGAAGAGAAGGCCAAGGACAGAAGGGGAGAAUGAUGAUGAGGAAGAGGAGGAGGAAGAGGUCGCUGAAGUGGACAGGGAACAGAAAGGCGAGAACGAGGAGCGGGAUGAGGAUGCUCCUCUAGUGAAAGAUGAAGAGGAUCUGUUCAUUAUCGACCAAUCAGCACAUGACUUCCUGGUGGUGAAGAGGGCAGAGUACAUGGGCUAUCAGAGGCGUCUUCAGAGCGAGAAUGACUUCCUCUUCACCCCAAGCUUUUUGACAGUGCCAGCCUCCAGUAAAGUACCAGAGAACAUGCAGCCCCGUUAUCUGGAGGAGGAGGGGCUAUACGUGGGGGAGAGGCCUCCCAUAUCCCUGACCAAUCAGAACAUCUUAGAGAACCGUGUCUUGAAACAACAGCAGGGGAGGAAGUGGUUUGGGGACGACGGCAGGAUCAUAGCUCUGGCUGACCCCAUUAAAGAGUCGUCCACCAGACCCCCUCUGUUCCACAUGGAGGAAGACCUGGACCCGGCUCUGCAGACUGUCUAUAGGAAGGCGCUGAAGUCAAAGCAUGCCAUUCAGUACAUCGCAGGAGGGGGCACGAACGGGGAUUACCAGCUGGAUGUGGACGUCUCAGGGCUCAUCUUCUCCCAUCACCCCCUCUUCAGCCGGGAGCACGUCCUAGGAGCACGCCUGGCCCAGCUCUAUGACCAGCACCUCAGCAGGCAGCACAAGAACAUCACGGAACACCUCACUACCAAGCUGAAUGGGUUGAGGAACGCUGUUCGGAACAUGCUGGAGAUCCACGGUAGGCAGGGCCUAACUCCUGUCAUGCAGCAGAGGAUAUCUGAGUAUAAGCAGGAGGUGAAGAACACUCGCAGGCUGCGGGACACUGAGCAGGAGAAGGACAGAACCCUGCUGAAGAGCAUCAUCAAGGUCUGGAAGGAGAUCAAAGCCCUGAGGGACUUCCAGAGGUUCACCAACACACCAUACAAGCUUUACCUCAGGAGGGAGGAGGGGGUGCGGGCUUCAGAUGAGCAGGACUAUGAGGCUGAGAUCCAGGCUGAAGUGGAUGAGCUGCAGGGGGAGAUGGAGGAAGACUACCAGAAAAAGGUCACUGAGUACAAGAGACAGCAGGAGGAGUGGAAGGCCUGGAGGAGGAAACAGAAAGCCAAAGAGAAGAAGAAAAAGAAGAAAACCCAGUCUCAGGAUGAUGAUGAUGACGAAGACGAUGAUGAUGACCAGUCAGAGGGUGACACGGAGCUGGGACCCUCGAAGCCAGACCCUCCUGAGGAACCAGACAUGGAGGGUGUUGAGGAGCAGGUCAGAGAGAAGGCUUCUAGAAUCAGGAGGAAACCAGGGGAACCCAUCCUGAUGCCUGAACUCACUGCAUCUGGACCCAUCACUCCUAAUGAACAGUGUCCCAGGGGCGAGUUUGCUAGAAGAGAAGAUGUUGCAAAGCGCUAUCUCUUCACUAAGGUUUUAUAUAACAACAAAGAAGUCUCCAGAACAGACAAUCGCUCCCUAAAUUCUGAUUUCAGAGUCCAUUUUGGUCAGAUAUUCAACCUGAAGAUAGUCAACUGGCCAGAAAGUAUCAAGUUGCAGGUGUUUGAGGUGUUGGGCUCAUCCACCUCCCUGUUGGCAGAGGUGUUUGUGCCAGUCCCAGAAUCAUCAGUCCUGACGGGUAGUGCCCCCUCUGAGGAGCUGGAGUUCAGCAGCAACCUGAGGGUCAUGUUUGACCACGAGGCCGUCGGCAGUGACGUGCCCUUCUCCUUUGAGGCAGACGGUAGUAACCGUCAGACCCUGCUGACCUCUGGGAAGCUGUCCUGCUGUGUGUCCUGGGCUAUAGGGGAGGAUGAUGUACCCCUGGCCCCGCCCACCACUCAGUCCAAGGCUAUGCACAGUGGACUGAAACAGUUGGAUGCCAUCGCCUGCAUUGGGGCAUCUAGUCUUAAUGAUAUGAAGAAGCUUGGGGAGUGGGCCACUGAAUCUAGACUGGAUCCCAAUGACCCAAACAACGCAACCAUCAUGCAACUCCUAAAGGUGGCCAGUAGUGGGGAGGUGACAGCUCCAGAUUACUUCAGACUGGAGCAGCUGCAGGAGGAGUUCAACUUCCUGUCUGAGGAGGAAAUUGAGCGGUCUCGCAGGUUCCGUCUGCUCCGACUCAGAAACCAGGAGGUGGCUGAGUUCCGUAACUAUAAGUGUGUCCCUGCCCUGGAACGGGAGGUCACUGAUAAGGUGUUCCAGGAAUAUGAGAGGAGAUUGAGAGAAGGAGAAAUCGUUGACACUAAGGAUCACCUAGAUGCACACAGAGCCCUGGUGGCCAAAUACCUGCAGAAGAUUAGAGAAUCGGUCAUCAACCGCUUCCUCAUUGCCAAGCAUCAUUUCCUCCUGUCUGACCUGGUCCAAGAAGAGGAAGUUCCUAGUAUUGGGAUACUUGGCCUGAAUCUGUUCAAGCUGGCUGAACCUAAGCGGCCCCUGAAGCCUCAGAGGAAAGAGAGGAAGAAAGUGACAGCUCAGAAUCUGUCUGACGGGGACAUUAGAUUACUUCUCAACAUUAUCCGGGCCUACGACAUCCCCAUCCGCAAGCCCCAUGCCAGCAAACCUGCAGUGGCAUCUAAGUCGGUCCGCUCUUUCACUGAGACGUUUACAGCAGGCCAGUCAUCCCAGAGUGCCAUCCAGGGCAGCGACUGGCUCCUCAACCAGAUGCAGGUCAGGCCCUUUGUGGAGGUAUCGUUCCAGCGCACGGUUCUUCAGACCACAACAGCAGACGGACCAAACCCAUGCUGGAACGAGGACCUGCAACUUCCAUUCAGUGCCCCAAAUGGAGACUACAGCACUGCUAGCCUGCAGUCAGUGAAAGACGAGGUCUUCAUCAACAUAUUUGAUGCAGUCCAUUAUGAAUUGGGAGGGGGUGGAGAGGAUAGGGGGAGAGAAGUCCACACACGGCUAGAGAAACACUGGCUGGGCUCUGUGAAGAUUCCUUUCAGUACUAUCUACUUCCAGUCCAGGAUUGACGGCACGUUUAAGGUGGACACCCCACCGGUGUUGUUGGGAUACAGUAAGGAGCGCAGCCUGGCCAGUGAUGGUGGCUACGACGCUGUACGCAGUCUUAGUGAAGGAGCCUUCAUCACACUCUUCAUCACCAUAGAACCACAGCUGGUACCUGGAGAGACUGUUAGGGAGAAGUUUGACAGCCAGGAGGGCGAGCGUCUACUGCUGGCGUCAGAGGUCUUUGAGAGGGACGCAGCAGUGAGUUACCCCAACCGUUCCUGCCUCACCACCGUCAUCGACAUCAACGGGAAGACUGUGUUUAUCAGCCGUUACCUCCGCCCCCUCAACCCCCCGCAGGAGCUGCUCGACGCCUUCCCCAACAGCCCCCAGGAGGCCACGGAGCUGAUAGCUCGGUAUGUUUCUCUCAUCCCCUCUAUGCCUGAUAGCGUCUCAUUUGCUGGUGUCUGUGACCUGUGGAGCACCUGUGACCAAUUUCUGACCCUGCUGGCGGGCGAUGAGGAGGAACAUGCUGUACUGCUCUGUAAUUACUUCCUGUCUAUGGGCAAGAAGGCUUGGCUCAUCAUCGGCAGCGCCAUUCCUGAGGGACCCACAGCGUAUGUGCUGACCUAUGAGCAGAGUCGCUACCUCAUUUGGAACCCCAGCAGUGGUCAGUACUACGGCCAGUAUGACUCCUUCUGCCCUCUACAGACUGUGGGAUGCCUGGUCAGUGCUGACAAUGUAUGGUUCAACAUUCAGGUGUACACCUCUCCACUGAGGAUGAGUUUUGAUGUCACCAAAGCCAAACUCUGGAAACCGUUCUUCUCCAGGGCCUUUCCAAACCCUGGGCUGUCCAGUGUUCAGCCUGAGGAGCUGGUGUAUCAACGCACAGACAAGGCAGUGGCUGCAGAGCUGCAGGACAGGGUUGAGAAGAUUCUAAAAGAGAAGAUCAUGGAAUGGCGGCCCCGCCACCCGACCCGCUGGAACCGCUACUGCACCUCCACCUUGCGCCACUUCCUGCCAAAGCUGGAGCUGAGUGGAGGGAGGGACGUGGCCGAAGAGCACCGUCUAGAGUUACAGAGUCUACUAGGGGACUACAGGAUUUCAGGAUUCCCCCUGCAUCUUCCAUUCUCAGAGGUCCGGCCCAUUAUUGAGGCAGUCUACAGUACAGGAGUCCACAACGUGGAGGCGUCCAAUGUGGAGUUUGCACUGGCAGUUCAUGUCCAUGCCUACCCUAACAAUGUCCUGUCUGUCUGGGUUUACCUGGCCUCACUCAUCCGCACACGGUAACUCCAUUGCAGAGGUAUAGACAUGCUUGUUUUUCAUAAAUGCACUUUACAAUAUUGUUUACCUGUAUGUUUAUGAAGAAAUGUUUAGAGCACAACUACCUUUUAGACUACAG